AUGGUGUCCUUGCGAUAUUUGCGGGAGCAGCAGGAAGCAGCGAUGCGGCGCGCGCGCUUUGAGGAGGCGCGACGUAUCGGGAGUGCGAUUGGAGUGCAACGAGCCCGCGCGUACGCGGCGCAGAAAAGUGCACAGGCAGUCAAGGUGCGAGAAGACAUGCGAAAGCAGUGGGAGUGCGAGGUGCAGCAGCAGGCCGCGCUCAUUGAUCGGGUCCUGUACGACGGACAGUCGAGACUCGGUGAGGGGAUGCGGGGGGCGGCUGAAUUGACGGCGGCGCAACAACGACAUGCGAGCGACGAGAUAAACGCUUGGGUGGCCGAACACGCGUUGGAGCGGGAGAGGCACCGCAUCGCACGGGCUACGGAGCGUGUCACGCGGGCACUACAAGAUGAGCCGCAUCGUAGCAUUGUGGGGCGCAAGAAAGCGGUGCGGGAGGUGGAGGACAAACGCAGCAAGACGAGGAUUGCCCGGCCGUCGCCACGUCCGCCGUCUUUUGCGUCACACGGCUCUCCACUUGCCGGGGCUCUCUCGCACACGGCAAUUAUGCAAGCACGCACACCGACACCAGUCGCAAGUGUGGUGAUGGUGACGGCAGAUAAUGAUGACAGACAUCGCAGGGCGGCGCGCGGUGAGGCUGCUGCCGUGCAGUUUGCCGAGGAGCGGAAACGAGAACUGGCGGGCGAGAGGGAAAAGCUUCAGCAGUGUCAACGCGGGGCAGCGGAGCGGGCGGCGGCGUACUUGUCGGAGCGCGAUAAGGAAGCGAAGGAGGCACGCGAAGCAGCCAGGCGGCGGGCAGCGAAUAUGGCGGCACUGGAGCAGCGCAUUGUCGCGGAGCCGCAGGAUGACAAUUCGGUGAGCGGCAAGGAGUUAGAGACACGGCGAGUAGCGGUGCUCAAAGCGCAGGAGGAGGUGGAGUUUGGGCAACUGUUUCUUAGUGGGCCGUUGCCUCUUAACGAUGAAUUGAGUUUGAAGGAGGACAACGAUGAUGCCGAUGAAAUGUGUCCCUUUCCUCUCUCCAGCGUGUCGUGCCUGUUGCCUGGCGAAUCAGAAGUCGUCGUGCAAUUGCACCCGAGGCCCUUUCAUGUGUACCCCAUCCCUGAGGAGGCGCCGGCGGAUGCUGAUGAUGCCGAAGAGAAGGCGACAUCGGAGGCAGGAAGCAAUGCGCCAAAUGCGGUGUCCGUCGCGCCACUACCGACGCCCAUGUCGCCGCAGGUGGUGGUGUCAACCAAACUGAAUUCAUCGCCGUUCCGCACGUUGCGGUCGUCGGAGCAGUCAUUACCGCUGGAGGUGCCGCCGUCAUCGUCGUUGUCACUGCCAUCUCCACCACCACCACCGCCACCACUCUCUUUAUGCCCCUCGGCCGCGACAGCAAAAAAGCCAGAUGUUGCACAACCCAAUUUGUCUACUCACGACGAGCCUCCGAACCUGGCGCUACAUCACGAACAAUUCCUUCGAAACCUUAAGGCGCUGCAGGACAAGCUGGCGAAGGUGUCUUCAGACAGCGCAGACGUCAAUGAAACGGUGGAUGUCUCUACUUGUCACGGAAACGUCACUCUUAGCUCAAUGAGUUCCCCACUUUCAAUGGCACGGCGCCCUGGAAAAGAGACGCGUGAAGAUGAAUAUGAGGCCGGUGCAACAAGUAUUGACACCAGUGCUAACAGUGGAAGCAGCAGCAAUGGUGGUAGUAGCAGUACCAGUAGUAGUGGACCUUCCACGUCGUCCGUGUACUCUCGGUCGUAUCCCACCAUGACAGCGGAACAAUUAAAGGCUGCUUUGCUUAAACUGAAGUUGCGCAUGCGUUCUGCUUAG